AGCACGGAACUUCCGGUAGGCAGGGUUGCUGUUUUCUUCCACACAGCUCAGACUUCAGUGUUUCUGUUAUGGACUGACAGAUCCGUGGCCUGUGGAAUUAACAUUUUCUCAAUCUUAGAAACACCACCCCUGUCUGGACAGAUAGUGGCGGGGAUGCGGCAUCGACAUGGGAAAUCUUUUCGGGAAAAAGAAAGCAACUCGGGUGACCGAGCAGGACAAAGCUGUGCUGCAACUGAAGCAGCAGAGAGAUAAACUCAAGCAGUAUCAGAAGAAGAUUACGCUUCAGAUGGAGAAAGAGCGACAGCUGGCCAAGCAGUUAUUGAAAGAUGGAAAGAAAGAGAAAGCACUCCUACUCCUUAAGAAGAAACGCUACCAGGAUCAGUUACUGGAUAAAACUGAAAAUCAAAUAAGCAACUUGGAGCGAAUGGUUCAAGAUAUUGAAUUUUCACAAAUAGAAAUGAAAGUCAUUGAAGGACUGAAAGUUGGCAAUGAUUGCCUGAAGAAAAUGCAUGAGGUGCUGUCCAUAGAGGAGGUGGAAAAGAUCAUGGAUGAAACGCAUGAUGCCAUUGAGUAUCAAAAGCAAAUUGAUGAGAUGCUGGCGGGAUCUCUGACCCAGGAGGAUGAGGAAGCUGUACUAGCAGAGCUGGAAGCCAUCACUCAGGGAGACGCUGACCUUGAACUUCCUGAGGUGCCUGAAGAAGAACUACCAGAGGUUCCAGAGCAAGAGCCAGUGCGGGAGAAGGAGAAGGUAAAAAAGAAUCCAGAGAGAGAGAUGCUGGCACUGUAAAUACAGACCUUUCAUACCUCCAUGUCUGCUCUCAAAUCGUUCCACUGGAGACCGCAAGGGCUCAUCCCAAACAAAACUCUGUGGAGUGAUUGACAGUCCUCCUCCACGUACAUGUUGAAGACCUACAACCAUGCCAUUUUUUUUAAUUGUAUAUACACUGCAUACUGUAUACCAUUCAUUUAGUUUAGAAGAUUAUUCUGAAAUACUCUUAACAGUGCCUGGUCUUUCUAAUCACCCUACAGUUUUGUCUGAUCUAUCAAUUAUAUAUCAAAGGCGUAUCAUGUCAAUGCCUGUAACUUUCUAGUGCAUGCAUCACUUUUAUUAACAAUCUCUGCUAGUGUUUCAAAUGCACCAUGUUUUGUCACAAAACUGAGGAAUUUCCAUUAUGAACUCCAGUAUAAACUUGUACAAACUUUUCAGUGUGCUGAAAGAUGUAAUUAAAAAGUACAACAACGACAAACCUGGUUUAAGUAACAAAAAUCUCAUUUAUAAACAUAGGUGUAACACAGCAGCAAUGUCAAUUUGAAGUUUACAAAAUCACUAGUGUACACCUCUUAUUGAAAAUAAAAUAGUGAAGUCCUUAAUGCAUUAUGCUGCACACACACUGUUUUGUUUUUAUAAAGCAUACAUACAAUACAAGCAAAACUAAUGACAUGGAAUCUUAAACACUUUUUCUGUCAUCAUUUGGAAUGUGGCUAAUGUACUGAUUUAUUUGAACUUUUUCUUUUCUUUUUUCUUUUUUCUUUUUUUUUUAUUUGACAUAUUAGCUCUUUGAUUACUGUACUAUGGUUUCACUGUUCAGUAACAACAUUUUGAAGUUCUGCAACAAUAAAUUUCAUGUAAUCAUUUUU